CACGGUGCCCGAGACGCGGGAGGCAGGCGGCAGGCUGGUGUUGGGGGACAGGGACGAGGAUUCUAGGACCUACCAGCAGACGGUCUCCAGGGAGGGGGAUCGGGGAAGGAGGGUUCGGGCCGGUGGAAAGGUAGGAAGACAAAGUCGGGGAGAGAACUAUGCCUUCGCAGAACCUGCUGACCCUGAAACCACACCGCCGCAAAGCCCCCGCGACAGCCGUGUUCGUGCCCUCUUCUAGUCCGGCCCUCGAGGACUCCGUUUUAGGCCUCACACCUAGGCCACGUCCGAGUGCCCCAGUUCGGUUCUGGCGUUCCACAGAGCUACCGGGGAGGACAGUGUUGCCUUAUCCAGGGGGACAUGGCUGUUGGUGCGUGCCCACGGUCGAAAACCCGAGCCUCUCAGCCAAUUCUUAGCUUUUCCAAAAGAUAGCCUCUCUGAUAGGAAAAGCAUCAUUUUCUGUGAUAAUGCCACUUUUUCCAAAAUCUUAUGGAAAUUAAUAACUCAGACUCGUGAUUUAGGGAGGAACAGAACACAUUUCCCUUUAUUACUCUGGGAGACUCCUGAGAUACAGCUGAAUUGCUGCUUGGAGACCGCACAGUACGUGGAGGCAGAGCUGUGCUCAAGAAUAGCUCAUGGAAGAAUCACAUGAAGAAGUGGUGGUUGAGGUCACAGAUCAGGAGUGGACAUGUUUGGAUUUCCUACGGCUACACUGCUGGAUUGUCAUGGAAGAUAUGCUCAGAAUGUAGCAUUUUUCAAUGUGAUGACAGAAGCCCACCACAAAUAUGAUCACUCUGAGGCCACAGGAUCCUCAAGCUGGGAUUUCCAGAAUUCUUUCAGAAGAGAGAAGCUGGAACAAAAAACCUCAGAUUCUAAGGCACUACAGGAAGAUUCACCUGGAGUGAGACAGAGGGUCUAUGAGUGCCAGGAAUGUGGAAAAUCCUUCAGGCAGAAAGGUAGUCUAACAUUACAUGAAAGAAUCCACACUGGUCAAAAGCCCUUUGAGUGUUCCCAUUGUGGAAAAAGCUUCAGGGCCAAAGGCAACCUUGUUACACAUCAGCGAAUACACACAGGAGAGAAGCCCUAUCAGUGCAAGGAGUGUGGGAAAAGCUUUAGCCAGCGAGGCAGUCUGGCCGUUCAUGAAAGACUCCAUACUGGACAGAAACCCUACGAGUGUGCUAUCUGUCAGAGAAGCUUCAGGAAUCAAAGCAACCUUGCUGUUCAUAGAAGAGUUCACAGUGGUGAGAAGCCCUACAGAUGUGAUCAGUGUGGAAAAGCCUUCAGUCAGAAAGGAAGCCUGAUUGUUCACAUCAGAGUCCACACAGGCCUGAAACCCUAUGCCUGCACACAAUGCAGGAAAAGUUUCCACACCAGGGGGAAUUGUAUCCUGCAUGGCAAAAUCCACACAGGAGAGACUCCCUAUUUGUGUGGCCAGUGUGGGAAAAGCUUCACUCAGAGAGGGAGUCUGGCUGUGCACCAGCGAAGCUGCUCACAAAGGCUCACCCUUUGACCCCUCUCUUCAAAGGAAGUUUACUUUAUGAAGUAAGGAUACAAAAACCCGAGAUCAAGCCAUCUACCAGAUUGUCAGGAAUGAAUGGAGACUCUCAGACCAUCACUGGGUGGAGCAAACUGACUUUCUCCUUUCCCCCAAAUGAGUAUGAAAAAUAAAUGUUUAUUAUCAUCAUCAGGUAUGUUUCA